AUGUUUUCGAAGGCUCUCUUGCUAGCCACGCCGGCGCUGGCAGUUCCCACCUUCUUCAGCGACCAGGCACAAGCACCGAUCCAGCCUCUCGAUCACUCUCAGGGCUACACAUUCGACCCUCUCCUGCAUCUGCCAGGCAUCUCGCCAUACUUCGAUGCGGUAGGCUUCGGUCUGGAGCAUACUGCACCCCCGGGCUGCAAUGUCACCGCCGCAUCCUACAUCAUCCGUCACGGCGCCAUCUACGCCAACGACGCCGAGUACGAAGAGUUCAUCAAGCCCUUCCUGUGGAAGCUCGAGAAACAUCGCCAUGGUCAGUGGUUGGGCCCAUUGGCCUUCAUGGCCAAGUGGCAGUCGCCCAUCCUAGAGGACAAACUCGAAGACCUGACACCUUCCGGCGCCGUCGAUGCUGCACGCGUCGGUAAGCACCUGCUUGGCCGCUACCCAGACCUCGUCCCUCAGACCCAGCGCAUCCUGGCCGACAAGAAGUCGCGCACAUACGACACGGCGAAAAACCUCAUCACCGCGUUCCCACAAAACGAUACUAUCGACAUUGUCCGCGUCACCACCAACGCCAAUGGCUCCAUGGAGUCUCUCAUUCCUCACAAGUCUUGCGAGAACUUCUCUAAGACGCCCGGUACAAAGGAGCAGGACAAGUUCAUCAAGAUCUACGGCACGAGCGUCGCAAAGCGCCUUGCGCCAUUCAUGCCUUUCCAAAUGACGCCCUUCGAUGUUGUUGGUCUCCAGCAACUCUGCGGCUACGAGAGUGCCAUCAACGGCAAGCGCUCGGAUAUCUGUGCCGUCUUCACGGACGCCGAGUGGAUGGCAUAUGAAUAUUCCUGGGACUUGAAGUAUGCAUACAUGGUCGGCCCCAUGAACCCUCUGUCGCCCUACCUCGGCUUCCCUUGGCUGCAGGCACAGUCGGAGAUCUUCCAGAACAUACAAGAGAAGAACCACCCUGGUGGUGCUUGGUCUGAGGACCAGCGUUUCUUCCUUUCUUUCACACAUCGCGAGGUUCCACCUUUCGUUGCGACGGCACUCGGCCUAUUCAACUCUUCCUCUGGAGCGGCAGAAGAGUUCCCUACCGACCACAUCAACUGGACACGAGCCUGGCGCAUGGCUGACCUGAUUCCCUUCCUUGGCCACGUCGGCAUGGAGAAAAUGUCCUGCGAGCGUGGCGCUGUCUCCGGUGAUGGGCCAGGCGAGUUCAUUCGCUUCAUCGCCAACACCGCGCCACGACCAAUUCCUGAUUGCCAAGACGGACCCGGCGCCAGCUGUCGAUUCGAUUCAUUCCAGAAGCUGAUUGGCAAGGGCGCAAAGAAGCACAAGGAUUUCCACAAGGUGUGCGACAAGAAGGGAGGCAAGGGCAAAGGCGAGCAUGAGUGA